AUGGAGUCGAGGGGGCUGGCGAGCUACAGCAACAUUGUUAUCAGCAGAGAAAAGAAGGCUAAACGCAGAGAGUUACUGGAAAAGAAGAAGGCACUUGAUGAAUUGAUAAAAGCAGCUUCUUCUGAGAAGGACCAUCUUAUUUCUUUCCCACCCUUUUGCCAUUACAAUAGAAAUGGUCUGUCAGUGUUUUUGGAGUGUGGAAGUGGGGAUAAACUCACCUCUUCUGUUAAACAGUACAUUCAAAACCUCCUUAAGGUCAAUAUGGAGGUGCCGUUUGGCCCUGAGUGGCCUACAGAAGAAAAGGUGAAGCGUAGGGACAUGGUUGCUUCAGAAGCGCGUUAUAUAUUCGUUCAUGAGGCCCCAAAUGCUAGUGUUGAUGAUAUGUCAAUGAAGUUAGAUAAGAGCCCCUUGGUUGGAUUUGUACAUUAUCGCUUUACUCUUGAGGAAGAGAUACCUGUUCUUUAUGUAUAUGAAAUACAGCUCGAGUCUCGUGUCCAAGGGAAGGGAUUAGGGAAAUUCCUUAUGCAACUAAUUGAGCUUAUUGCUCGCAAGUACUGCAUGGGUGCUGUGGUCCUAACAGUUCAAAAAGCAAAUGCAGUAGCUAUGAAUUUCUACACAAGUAAGCUGAGAUAUACUAUAUCAAGCAUUUCACCAUCCAGAGUUGAUCCCUUGAUGGGACUUGAGAAGAAUUAUGAGAUUCUCUGCAAAGCAUUCAACCAUGAAGCCAAAUCCACAUUAGAGGGUUGA